AGCCGAGGAUGAGGAGCUCGUCCGUUCAGCUGCUUCUCUGUUGCUUUGGUUUAUCGCUGGACCUUUUUUAAACUUGUAACGCUGCUUCCUGCUCCACGUUUUAUUUCUUUACGCUCGCCAUGUCGCUGACGGUCGGCGACCUGGCCGGAGGAGUGAUGACGGAGUUCCAGGAGAAGCUGCGUCAGCAGCACGAGGAGUCGAUGCACCGCGAGCUGGAGACGCUGCUCGCCACGGCCAAGGAGGCGGAGUCUGAGAUCUCCAGAAAGGACUUAGAUGGCUUCAAGAAGCUCUUCCACAGGUUCCUGCAGGUCAAAGGUCCCGCGGUCGACUGGGCCAAGAUCAACCGGCCGCCGGAGGACUCGAUCUUGCCCUAUCAGAAGAUCCAGAUGGAGGGCCUCCCCGAUGACAUCACCGCCAGCCUGAACCAGCUGGCCGUGGUGAAGCUGAACGGGGGCCUGGGGACCAGCAUGGGCUGCAAGGGCCCCAAGAGCCUCAUCAGCGUCCGCAGCGAGAGCACCUUCCUGGACCUGACGGUGCAGCAGAUAGAGCAUCUUAAUAAAACCUUCAACGCUGACGUUCCUCUGGUUCUCAUGAAUUCUUUCAACACCGACGACGACACCAAGAAAAUCCUCCAGAAGUACAAACACCACCGGGUGAAGAUCCACACCUUCAACCAGAGCAGGUACCCGAGGAUCCACAAGGAGUCGCUGCUGCCCAUCGCCCGCAGCAUGGCGCUGGGCGGCGAGGCGGGCGAGGCGUGGUACCCGCCGGGCCACGGCGACGUGUACGCCAGCCUCGCCAACUGCGGGCUGCUGGACCGGCUGCUCGCCGAGGGGAAGGAGUACAUCUUCGUGUCCAACAUCGACAACCUGGGCGCCACCGUGGACCUCGCCAUCCUGCGGCACCUCGUGAGCCGGCCGGCCGACCGGCGCUGCGAGUUCAUCAUGGAGGUCACGGACAAGACGCGGGCCGACGUCAAGGGCGGCACCCUGAUCCAAUACGAGGACCACCUGCGGCUGCUGGAGAUCGCCCAGGUGCCCAAAGCCCACGUGGACGAGUUCAAGUCCGUCACCAAGUUCAAGAUCUUCAACACCAACAACCUGUGGGUCUCGCUGCCCGCCGUGAAGCGGCUGCAGGCGCAGAACGCCAUGGACCUGGAGAUCAUCGUCAACCCCAAGACGCUGGACGGCGGCCUGAACAUCAUCCAGCUGGAGACGGCGGUGGGCGCCGCCAUCAAGAGCUUCAACAACGCCAUGGGCGUGAACGUGCCGCGCAGCCGCUUCCUGCCGGUGAAGACGUCCUCCGACCUGCUGCUGGUCAUGUCCAACCUGUACAGCCUGGACGCCGGCUCGCUCACCAUGAGCCGGCGCCGCCAGUUCCCCAGCACGCCGCACGUCAAGCUGGGCGGCUCCUUCACCAAGGUUCAGGAGUUCCUCUCGCGGUUCGAGAGCAUCCCGGACAUGUUGGAGCUGGACCACCUCACGGUGUCGGGGGACGUGACCUUCGGGAAGAACGUCUCGCUGAAGGGAACCGUCAUCAUCAUCGCCAACCACGGGGACCGCAUCGAUAUUCCCGCCGGAGCGAUGCUGGAGAACAAGAUCGUCUCCGGAAACCUGCGGAUCCUCGACCACUGAUGCAUUCUGGGGAAACAAAAAGAAACGGCAGCCCGCAAAACAGAAACAAGUGAAGGUGCUUGAAGACUCUCUGACGGGUCAAAGGUCAGAGGUCAACCUCCUGAUCGGGACACGAGGAGACUCGCUAACGACGCCCGACUUUUUAAUUAUUUCAAACUCGAGGUUUCGAGACUUUUUAGUUUUUAAGGUUUUUAAAUGGAGCUCAGUUGGAUUCCAAAAUAAGUCUCCAGAAAGACGUUUAGAUAUGAUGCUGUCUCAUGCUGAAUAACUACAUACAGACACACAAUACACUUAAUAUAUAUAUAUAUUAUAAUAUAUUUAUAUACAUCCAGGUAUAUAUAUAUUAUACAUAAUAUAUUAUGUAUAAAUAUAUAUAUAUAUACACCAGGAACUGGUCUUGUAAUGAAAGGCCUUCACAACAAAAUGCAUUGACAUGGAAAACAAAAAACACUGCACAAGCUUUUCUGGACUGGAAAACUAAUAAAAAAUUAACAUUCCAACAGGAAUCUCCUCAUCAUUCAAUAUUAAUAAUAUAUAAGUUCUUCUUUUGGGGCCAAAACUAUUUCACAUUUAAAUAAUGCAAAUGAGUGCUUUGGUAAUAAUUGAAAACAAUUCCAGCUGAAGGAACACGAGUCGCUGCGUCGAGUUUUAUUCACAUCAGGUUUGAAGGAAUUCAAUACAGUUUGGAUUCUCAUACAUGCAGCCCGACUCAUUCACACUUUCACACACACUCUCUCACACACACACACACACACACACACACACUCGCACACAGUGGUAUGGUAGGCACACUGCAGUGGAGCUCAGAUGUGUCGUCUGACGGUCUAAAGGAGGCACUUCUGAAGCAGAUGAGUUGAUGCUUUGUUCCCAGAAACUGAAGAAAGCUGCCGUCGCAUCACACUCAGAUUCUCUAUACAAUAAAUAUAUUUAUAAAUAAUACAUAUUUAUAAAUAUAUAUACAAAUAUUUAUAUAAAUAGAUAUAAUACAUAUAUAUAUUUAUAUAAAUAUGUAUAUAGUUAAUAUAUAUAUAUAUGAUUUUGUCACAUUUGUCCCUAAACCCCUGUGGUUGUUGCAUCACAUUAUUUCAGCAUAACAAAGUAGAUCUCUCAGGAUAAACCGGGAGAUAAAGAGCAUUUAUAAACCUAUUAAAGUCCUGCAGCUGACUAAUGCAGGUGGGCCUGUAGCGUUGCAGUGGAGACGUGAGGGGAUGCGACCGCAGCCGGACAGGUGUGUGUGUUUGUCGGGAACAGAAAAUCUCGUUUGAGGAAAACUGAAUUGUGAUCAGGCAUGCUCAGGAUUUGCAAGAAAGAAAAAAGAAUUGGGGGGAUGAAUUGAAAAAAAGUGAAAGAAAUAUAAUAACAUGUCUUUGUUAUGUUAGCUCAACUAAUUUAAAUAAAACAAAUAAAAAAGCA